AUGAACAUCAACAAUAUCGCAAUGCUUAACAGAGCAGUUAUGAACUUCCACUCUGUGGUUGACCCUUUGAUCAUUGAAGAACACCAAGAUUUGGAAGAGGCUUGCAAUUAUGACCCCGAGAUCUUAGAACAGGGAAUUGUUGUCCAUGGUGAUGGUGGUGAGGACGAUGCCGACGAUGGUGACGAUGGCGGCGAGGAUGGCGACGAGGACGAGGAAGAUAUCAAUGAUGAAGGUAACAGCGAUUGCCAUCGUCGUAGCACCGCUAUUCAUCAACGACAUCUUGUCCCACUUCAUCACCAUAGGCAUCAUAUAAUUGGACAACCAAUUAGAGAUGACCUUGGAAGGUACAAUAAAAUAGAAAGACAUAUUAGUCUCCUCCCACAUGUAAGAGACGUUUUCUCUGAAGGCAAUGAUUCAAUUCAUGGAGAUGACGUAGAGGAAUUUGGUGAUCCUAUUGUAAUUAAAAAUGAAUUCAAUUCUAAAAUUGAAGAUUCGCCAAUAAUUAAAACCCAUAUUAACGAUGAUGGCACCACUUCGAAUUAUUUCGAUAAAAGAAAAUUGAAAAUAGCACCAAGAUCAACUUUGCAGUUUAAAGUCGGUCCACCUUUUGAAUUAGUUAAUAAUUUUUAUAACGUUAAAAAUAUUGAUACUGGUGAAAAAAUUUAUUUCCAGAUCAUACCAAGAAUUGAUAGAGGUUUCGAUUAUAUUGACGAUGAAUGGGUGGGUUACAAAAGAAAUUAUUUUACCCUUGUGUCAUCCUUUGAUGCAGUUGGAUUCUCUUUGGAGGAGUUUUUAAAGCAUUCUUAUGAAUUACAGUUGGAUGAAAAUCAUUACAACAAUACUUAUAAAAUUAAAUAUUUUGCAAUAAAAAUCAAAGCCAGAAGUGAUGAGGAUUAUAAUGAAAUUAGUUUAGUUCAGCACACUGCGAAACGUGACAAAGGUCCACAGUUUUCACCAGCUCUGUGCCCUUUAAUUCCAUCCGCGCUACCUAAACAUCAAAUUAUUAGGGAAGCUUCCAAUGUAAGAAAUUGUACAAAAAUGAAAAAAUAUGAUUCUACUUUUUACUUCCAUCGUGAACAACAUCUCGAUGAAUACCCUCAAAGAAGCGUACUACAUUCUUAUCCAUCUGAUUGUAUACAAAAAGUAGCCCGUUACGAAAGAGUACAGUUUGCCUCUUCUAUAAAUGUUAAGAAUCCUGCUCAAAAAAAUAGACACUUUAGACUACAUGUAACUUUAGGGGCUAUUGUGACUUCUUCAAAUAUCAAUACAUCUGAUUUCGAUAAUGAUAAUAUUGAAGAAGAGAUUGGAAAAGAUGGUACGAGAGAAAUAUUCUUCCCACUACAAGAAAUGAGAACUCCUCCAUUGAUUAUUAGAGGAAGGUCGCCAUCUAAUUACACAUCUUCUCAAAAAGUUACGGUCAAUGCAUCAGUAAGCAAUGCCAAAACAAAUCAACAGAUUCAAAAUUUCCAUCGUCAAAAUAUUAAAAAUCACUACAAUGGUCUUAACAUUUCAUCACCAAAUAAACCUAGAAUAAGAAGAGGUACAAAAAGGAAGGCUCAAAUAAUGGAUGCCUCUUCUCCUAUAGAUCAUAUUAAUGAAUUCGAAAAUUACAAUGAAAAUGAAAAUGAAAAUGAGAACGAAAAUGAAAAUGAUAAUGAUAAUGAAAAUGAAAAUGAAAAUGAGAACGAUAAUUUAAAUAGCGUUGAGUCAAAAGAGGCUGAUUACUUUGGUAAAAGAAAUAGUAAACGAGUAGAAACUUUAGAUCAUAUAGAAAAUAUGAUGCUCCGACAGACAUCAUUGACAUUAAGGACAACCUCGACAUAUUCAGCAGCUCAGUAUUUAACCGAAUGCGAUUACCAUGGGAAAGAACCUCAAAGACCAGCAUAUUCUAGGCAUCAAUCAAUAAAUUUGAAGGAAAUUGACUUGAAAUCACCAUGUAAUGUUAUUGAUGACAGUAGUUAUGUCGUCGGUUCAUUAGUCCUUCAAGAAACAAAAAUUUUACAAACAAGGAAAAAAGGCACCAAACAAAGAAAAUUGAAUAAUAAAGCAACAUUAUUGACUACCACUACAACUAGAACUGGAAAAACAUCGGCUUCAAAAUCAUCUGGAGGAAGAUCAUCUCAGAGUCCAGUUAAAUGUGAAGAGAAGACAGAAUUAUCAGAGCAUUUACCAGAUGAAAUGACAUCAGUCUCAUUUUCUUUUCUAAAUAACAGUUUGAAUAACUAUUACCACAUUUCAAAUAAUGCAAUUACGGAUGUAGAUUUAAUACCUAGAUUUUUUACAAGAGUCAUUGGAGAGUCCUCGUUCAUGAAUAAUUACAAGCACCAGACACAAUCUUUGAAUGAAUUUGGAAAUCAUCAGACUGGGAUUAAUGAAGGAUUUCCGAAUAUCAAUUAUAACAAUACUUGUAACAGUAGCAAUAACGCUAAUAUCAAUUCAAGUGCCAAUGCUAAUUCUAACGCUAAUGCUAAUACUAAUGUUAAUGUAGAUAUUAAUGUUAAUGCCAAUUCUCAUCCCAUUAACAACCUUAGUGGCAUUAAUAUCAAUACUAAUCAAAACAACAAUAGCAGUAGUGGUAAUAACAACAAUAAUAAUAGUAAUAACAGAACAACAAGCAAUCAUGAAAAUUGUUUGCCUUCUGGCAUGAUCCCCUCAGGGGAUUUGUUUGAUGAACCUAGCUUUUAUAAUCAUUAA